AUGGAGCAGCAGAGGAGCGCCACCCCAACGCUACCGCGCUCAUCAAGCACCAAACAAAUCAGAAACGAGAAGAUACGCGUCAUUGUGCGUGUACGACCGUCUAUACCCGAGGAUUUGCACCCAAACCCCGUCGAUGAGUGGUGCGUUCAGAUCCUCGAUAUGGGAGACAAAGACGGGAGAGCUAUUGUCCCGCCAGAUUGGUACGAUGUUGACCGUGUUCGCAUACCAUACACUCCCUUUAUUCGCUUGCGAAGAACUAUGCACGAGAGGCGUGACUUCAAAUUCGACGCAGUCCUGCCCCACUUCACCACCCAGGAAGAUACAUAUGAGAUUGUGGCUCGUCAACGCAUAAAUGAUGUGCUUAACGGUGUGAAUGCAUCUAUCAUCAUGUACGGCCAGACGGGAUCAGGGAAGUCAUAUACAUCUUUUGGACCACCGGAUGACCCUCUGCUUACCGGAGUCAGUCGCUCUAACCAGGUCCUCACCAGUCACUCUGGGUUGGUACCCAGAGCAAUUUCAGAAAUCUUUAAUAAGCUGAAUGAAUCGACAGUCCCUUACACAGCCACACUGUCGUAUGUGCAAAUAUACAAAGACCAAGUUUUCGACCUACUAUCCAACCUCGAUGCCAAUGUUACCACCAAUCACCUUUUGCUUCCUCUGCAGAUUCGUGAGGACAAGGGAGGAAUCUUCGUCAAUAAUGUCAUGCACUUGCCAGUCUACCAGGCGACAAACGUCUUUGCAGCGAUCAUGUUUGCUGCCAAGCGGAGAGCAGUCGCGGCCACGCAGAUGAAUAGCAAUUCGUCGCGCUCACACGUACUGCUUACUUUGACUGUAGAAAGGCGCUAUAGCACGACAACAAAGCGGGGUGUCCUUACCUUUGUUGAUCUGGCCGGUAGCGAAAGGGUAAGCAAAACGAUGUCAGACGGAGAGCGCCUUUCAGAGGCCAAGAAAAUUAAUCAGUCUCUCUCAGCGCUCGGAAACUGCGUUGUAGCUUUAUCUACCAAUCGGUCUUUCGUCCCCUUCAGAGACAGCCCACUGACCCGGCUCCUGACAGAGUCCCUAUCGGGGAACAGCAAAACACUGAUAGUAGCCACCAUAGGGCCAUCAUCAUACAACUACGACGAAAGCUAUUCGACACUGCAGUUUGCCACUAGGUGCAUGUCUCUUAGAACAAACUUUGUUGCCAAUGCGACACCUCGCGCCUCUAGCAAGCCAGCCCAAGGUAUAGCCUACGAUUCCAGCAUAUCAAUGACUACUUUGGGUGAUUUCGCCGUUAUGGAGGACGAGGAGGACGAAAAGAUAACGUGCUUGACUUCACAGUGUCCAAGAUGUGGUGUACACUUGACUAUUUUGCCCAGGAAUGCUGUCGAGAGCUUCGCACAAGCAAUGUCACUGCAGGAAGGCAGGGAAGAGCUCCGUGACUCCCCUAUGCAUGAUCAAAAUGACGAUGCCAGCUCGUGCUAUAGCGAGCUAUCAGCUAACAGGGUGUCCCUCACAGAAGGCAUCCAAAAGGAUGGUGGGAGCAAUGCGCACGAAAGUAGCAUGUGCUCUCCCAAUAAGCACGCAGCAUUAGUAGAAAACUACAAGAAGCUUGUAGCCUCGCUUCAAGAAACAAUAAAGGUCUUGGAGAGCGAAAAUAGAGCACAGAAGGAAGCACUCUAUUGCGUGCAAGAGCUUUUCAAGGGGAGCAUGAGGAGCUCGGUCCUGCGGCAGAUGAUUAUGAAUGCCAUGGGGGACGAAACCACUACUCCAUCUGCUCCAUAUGUAGAAACGGACGAUAAUGUAGUAAGCAGAUUUGAUAGUUUUCAUGCGCCUGGUCCCAGCGACACCAUAGAGGGUGGUGGAAAUGAGAGGGGAGCGCAUACGCAGCCCCUUUAUGACUCCGAUCUUUACGACAGCUAUAACAAACUAGACCCCACCGAGAUACAGCUACCAGUAUUAGGCAUUCGUGUGUCAAAUACAGUCACAGACCUGCCAACUGUCGCCAAAGAUGACUUCAAAGAAUCCAACAAUGAAGAAAGGGAAAGCCCGCUACUGAACAACGUAUUGUCUUCUUACUUGGAUGAGGAGCUCCCUCAGAAGCCAAUCGCAAAUAGCUUACUGUUGAGCACAGGUCUACUGUCGGAUAGAAAGCCGAAUGAGGCAAUGACAGGCAGUGCUGGAGGCGACAAAACGGGGGGAAGGUCUGCUAUUCUGAUCUCCAAUGAAUACAUACGGUCAGACUCUCUAGGCUCUUCCCAGAAGACCUGCAAGCUGCUCUCGCCCUCCAGCAAGGCGCCCCUCCCUGUCAUAAUUCCCAAGUUUCGGAGCAAAAACAAAGCGUCCAUCUUGGUACAAGAGAGACCAUCCUCAGAAAUGCGCCUCAACGAUCUUCCGGAGGGGGAGCUGUAA